CUACUCACUCCUCCAUUCACAACAUUGGCCUUCCAAGAGCCGCCAUCAUCCAGGGAAAUCAUCCACCUUGUGCUCCGUGCGGGCCCACAUCCCCUCCCCUCCCCCCACAAGUGGCACUUGUCCCCUGGGGGUAUAUUGGGGCGGCGUGUGUGAGUGUGGGAGGUGGCGAGGGGCGAGGAGGGAGGUGGCAAGAGGCCCGGGUAGCAGCAGCAGCAGCAGGAGCAGGAGUAGGGUGAGCGGGCAUGGCGACCACGGAGGUGGUGUCGAGCGUGGCCACGGCCGCCAGGAAUGUCUCCGUCAGGCCCAAGGACAAGCUCCAUGGCUCACCCAGCACUGGCAGCGACGACGGUCACGAUGUCGGCUUCGGCGACGACUUCGACCCCUUCCAUGACGACCCUGAUGAGCCGGACGAGGUGGACAGCUCCCUGUCCGCUCCCCCGGAGGAGAGUUGGUAUCAUGGACGACUGGACCGGGCCCAGAGUGAAGAAAGACUACGGCAGUUUGGGAAGCUUGGAAGUUACUUGGUGCGGGAGUCCGACCGCCGACCGGGGUCUUAUGUCCUGUCCUAUCUGGGUCGCUCGGGAGUCUCUCACUUCAAGAUCACGGCCGUGUGUGGGGACUUCUACAUUGGUGGUCGACAGUUUAAUGCCUUAAGUGAUCUGGUUGGCUACUACACUAGCAUGUCAGACUUGCUCAAGCGUGAGAGACUGGUCCAUCCUGUACCACCACCAGAACCGGUUAACGACCUACGGAAAGUUGUGGCCAUUCUACCGUAUACGAAAAUGGCCGACACGGAUGAACUAUCAUUUCAGAAAGGAGACAUCUUCUUUGUUCACAACGAGUUAAGUGACGGGUGGCUGUGGGUGACUGCACACCGUACCGGAGAACAAGGGACCAUAUUCUCAGACCUGGUCGAGACCCUAGAUGAUGAUAUUGACCCCAAUAUUGUCUUUUCAUGGUUUCAUCCAGACAUUACCAAGAGUGAUGCCAUAGACCUCUUAAUUAAAGCUGGCCAAGGCAGCUUCCUGGUUCGUCCUAGUGAUAAUUCACCUGGUGACUACACGCUCUUCUUCCUUACAAAUAACAUCAUUCAGAGGUUCAGAAUAGAGAAACGUGGGGUGAAGUACCUGAUGGGUGGGAGAACGUUUUCCUGCCUUGAUGCUGUCAUCAAUAGAUACAAGACGGAACAGAUUUUAGAAGGACAUACUUUAGGUAGUCCAGUUUGUAAGCAGUUAAGCUCAGGAGAGCGCCUUGGCUUGCCUAUUGUGCCAGUGAAAGAGGUUGAACAGCCAGAGAAAAUCUACGCCACUUUAAAUGAGAUCAGGGAGAAGCUGGGAGUCACAAAAUUCAAAGGAAUCCAGAAACAAGGAUGGCUAUACAAGAAAAGCAAGAAAAAUAAAAAAUGGAAGUGUCUGUACUUUGUUCUCACUGAUAUUUUGUACUAUUACGACAACCCAAAGCGCACUAAACCAAGAGGCCUAAUUGAUUUAAAUUGUUCUUACCUGUAUCAAGUUCAUGACAGUUUCUUUGAGCGACCAAAUUGCUUUCAACUAGUGGAGCGGGAACUACCCUGCUUGGCCACAGUGACCUACCUGUGCUCAGACUCUCAGGAAAUGACCAACGACUGGAUGGCUGUGCUGCGGCCGCUGUGUGUUCCACAGAUGGUAGGAGCACCCAAGCUGCAGACGCUUAAAUUCAUGAAGUCACUGCAUCUCACUAUUAUGCAGGCUACCAGAUUACCCUCUAAGAUAGUUCCCAGCCCAUACUGCCUUGUUUCUCUUAACCAGGUUAAAGUUUGUCGAACCAGACCAAAACCGGGACCAGAUCCAGUGUGGGAUGAAGAGUUUAUAUUAGAUGAAAUUCCUGCCGAUGUCAUCAUGUUCACCAUUACUGUAUAUAACCAUGGGAAGCGCAGCAAAGAUUCAGAGGUGGCGGAGGUCACGGUGGAACUACACACACUACAAAAUGGUGAAGAAGUGGAGGAGUGGCACCCUUUGACUGGUAUCACACCGGUGGGGGAUUGGGGGGCUGUGAGGCUAAGAUACAGGUACUUCCAUGAUCUGAUAAUGCCAUGUGAAGAGUAUAACAGUUUGAAGGAAUUACUGCUGGAUCCCAGCCUUGAGGCGGUUCAAGCCUUGGCCGACGUCUCUCACAGGGACCGCAACCCUCUUGCUACCUCCUUACUUCGUAUAUUUAGGAAUGAGUGUCGGGAGCAUGACCUACUCCAGCGACUAACUGAACACGAGAUUGAACGAGAGCAUGAGACUAGUACUUUGUUCCGUGCCGCCUCCCUCACCACCACACUACUUGACCUCUACAUGAAGUCCACCUGCACAGAGUUCCUCACAGAAGCCAUAUCUGAUACCAUCCACCGCAUCCUUGAGUCUAAACAGUCGUGUGAGCUCAAUCCUACAAAAAUGGAUAAUCCUAUGGAUGCGUGUGCGAAUGCAGAGUUUCUCCUGAAGGUUCUUGACGACAUCACACAGAGCAUCUUUGCCUCGGCUUCAGCCUGCCCUCUGCCUUUAAGAUAUAUCUGUGGAUGUUUACAACGUAAAGUGAUAGAGAAGUGGCCACAGGAUCGGCUAGUUAAAACAAGAGUGGUAUCAGGCUUUAUCUUCCUACGUUUGAUAUGUCCGGCCAUCUUAAAUCCCAGACAGUUCAACCUUUUACAAGAGCCGCCUCACCCUGUAGCAUCACGCUCCCUUAUCAUGAUAGCCAAGUGCCUACAGAACCUGGCCAACCUGGUGGAGUUUGGUGGUAAGGAGCCAUACAUGGAGGUGGUCAACCCUUUCAUUCUCAAGAACAAGGAGCGCAUGAUCACCUAUCUUGAUACAUUAUCGAGUGUCGGUGAGCGGCCAGAGAUUGAAGAACUGCCGGUUAAGAGCGAACCAUCACGAGACCUAGCUCAGCUGCACCAUAUAUGUGUCACACACAUAGGUGUCUUAACUACUAAAGCCAAGACACAGGUAACAUUAAAAAAAUUAGUGACUGUAACAGACAUGCUUAAGAAACACAAAGAAAAAUACCAAGAAAUGAUGAGGUGAUGUCGGCUCCCUCCCGACCCCGUGGACUGUUAGUACACUUAAGUUGCUGGAAUUACCCAGGAAGUGUCGGCCUACUCCUAGCCUUGUGGUAACAGUCCAGCCCAUUGCUUGCUGAACUACUUGUAAUGGUGACCUAUGAGAAGUGUUAGCACACGAAAGUGCUCCGUGCUUUUUACAAGGCUGGUUAAUGGUGUGCAGCAUGAGAAGGUACCAAGGAUGGAUUACUUGCAAUAUUGAAGGGGCCAGAAACCUGUGGUACUGGGAGUUAAGCUGAAGCAUUGUGUGUCUGACCUAAGGUGAAUGAUGCAAAUGUUGAAAGACAAUGAACUCAUUCACUGACUAAAUGACAACUAUGCACAGUGUUGACAAUUAGUGUAACUAUUCCAGUGUGAAGUGUGGCACUGAUCAGCAGUGGCUAAUAUACGCGGUCCUACACUUGGCGACGAGGACGCUUGCCUCAGCAAUUCGGUUCGUCCUUGAUCGAUGGAGCCGAGUUUGUGCCCUACGCCACAAUGAUCUCAAGUAGCCAUCAGUUGGCAGUGCUUCUGGGCCUGACUCCUGUCCAGUGCUACAAUGUGCAAGUCAAAUUUUGUAAAGAUUGAUCUUGCAUGUGGUAACAUCAUUUGAUUCUUACACAAUUAUUUAUAUGAUGAUUAUAUAUUUGAAUUUG